AAAACUCGAGUUUACGAAGAUUAUUUUGUGUGUUGUGUCCGCAAACGAGUGGCUCCGCGCGUAGAAAGUGCUUUUUCCUUCGGAAUUAGUGUAAUUUGCCGGGUAAAAUAAUAGUGAAUAGUAAGAUUAGUGUCGCGGGGACAAUUUUCCGGUCGCCGGACUUGGAAACACGCCGAACCGGGCAGGUUUUCCGGCGAUGUAAAAAAAUCAGUUCCUCGUCCAUUCGCGCGGUGCGUGUCUCUCUUCUAGAGUGUCGUCCUCUGUCGUCUCCAUCGCGGAGAACCCAGACGUUCGUUCCGUGUGUGUAAAAAGAAGCAGCCUAUCACAAUACCAUUGCAAUAUCCGAAAGCACCUCGCGGAUAAGAAUACUCAAAAAGAAGUGGGAAAAAGAAUAAUAUUCUUGUUUUGUUCCGGAUUUAAGGUAGCCACGGAAGAAAAUAAUCAGUGAAGACAGAGCCGUGAAAAUAAAGCUAGAAGACGGGUGCCUCCGUCUGUAGGAGGGUGUCAAUCGUUUGGAGCAUCCGGCCGUCCGAUGAUGUUUUGAUCGUGGGAUCCCGGGGCGACGACGUAAAGAAGAAGCCUAGGCUCGCUGGAUGUCCCGUCGGUGUGGUAGAAACAGCAAAGCUUUGGCUUGCAAUCCAUUCGAGUAGUGUAUUCGAAAGUAAUUUCGAGCGAGAUAGCAACAGCAUUAAGGACUCCUCGGGAUUCACCAUUCAAGGAGAACACUAAACAAUAUUGAAACACUUCCGGGAUGUGGACUGGAGCGUAAACCACCAGCUUUCGGAAUGUCUGAACCAAAGUCUGGAAUGCAUCGAUCAUGCUGGCAAAGACGAAUUCAAUCUAUAAUGGACCUUGCUGCAUCUGACCCGGUGGAAAGGACGGAGUCGCGGACAGUGAUACCAUUUGUCUAACGAACCGUGCUCGGAAAACCUCGUGAAAAAAGUUGUUGAAACUAAUUAGCGCUAAUCCUUGUAUAUAAACAGUGAAGCAAACGUGAAUGUAAAGUAAUAACCAAAAGAGCAAUAACACUUUGUAAUCCAUAGCAGCACAUAGUUAAAGCAGUAGUGUGAUCAAAGUUGUGACGUAGCGCCGUAAUAAAUAGUGAUCGUAGAGUUUCCGUGCUUAUACAAGUGACUGCCAAGUUAUCUCAGCAAACAGGACCCUUCCCGUUUGUGUAAUUGAACAAGGCUAGAUUCCUAAAGCUUUAUUCACCGUUACUGGUAGCAGAGUAAUGACACAUAAUCUGGGAAUGUCUUCGUACCGUAUGCCAGGUCCCGGACUUGGCUGUCCGCCAGAUUUCAAGUCACCCUCUGAAUCGCCCCAACUGCCUAUCUCCGCACCGAGUCAGCCGAAGAAGCGAAGGAAAACAUCCAACGCGAACAAUGCGAACUCGAUAGCCUCGCAACCUCAGCCAACGCACUCGCCGCAAGAUCUAGCGCCCCCAGUACCCACUGGCUACGGGGAUACGAUAGUUGCGUCGAACCCAUUCGACGACACGCCACCGCAUACACCGUCGCCCCAUAUAAGCCAUAUGCAUCAUGGAGGGCCCGGAAUGAUGAUGGGUCAUAUGGGUGGCGGAGGUAUGGGACAUGGUGCCCAAAUGGGAAUGGGUCCCAUGGGUAUGCACCCUCAUCACAUGGGCGGAUUAAUGGGUCACCAUGGGCCGCCACACGGUCCUCCUCAUGGCGGUCCGAUGCCUCCUCACGGAAUGGGACAUGGGCCAGGACACGGGCCAGGACAUGGACCUGGGCAUGGAUCACCUCACCACGGUUUAGGACCACAUGGACCAAUGGGACCGGGAGGACCACAAGGUCCGCCAAUGCGAGGAAUGAGUCCAAUGGGAAUGGGCAGUCCCAUGGGACAUCCAAUGCAUAUGAACUCUGGUUUAGGGCAAAUGGGUGCGAUGGGUCCGCACGGACCUAUUCAACGAGGGGGAAUGAGUCCCAUGGGAACCAUUCCUGGUGCUCAAAUGGGUGGACUAAGCCCAAUGGGUGGCAUGAACCAGAAUUUGUCUCCAAUGGGACCGAUGGGUGGGAUGUCACCAAUGAGUCAGCAACAAAUGAACAAUAAAUCAGUAGGAAGCCCCAUGAGUGGAGGAAAUAUUGGAAGCCCUAUGAAUUCAAUGCCUGGAAUGGGGUCACCUCAUGGUGGCCAAGGUCAGAUGAUUGGAAGUCCAAUGAACACGAGUGGUGGCCACAUCAACAAUGGACCAAUGGGUCCUCCAAUGAAUAGUCCUCUCGGAAAUGGCCCACCAAAUCACGUUCCCUUAGGUCCCAAUUCCGCCGGUCAUAGUCAACCUGUUUCUUCAGCAGGACCAACCGUCGGUGGUCAAACGUCACCCAAUUUAGUAGGAGUUAAUAGUAAUAAUAGAAUGAACUUACCUAAUGGUGCAAUGACAAAUCAGCAAUCAGGGAACCUUAAUCAAUUACCUCAUCAGCUGGGUCCCCAACAGCAAUCGAAUAACAGUCAGCAGGGUCCCGGACAAUCGCAGCAACAGCAAGUGAAUAACCCACAUCUACAAGUUAGUCAACCUAACCCAUCGCCUUCGAUGGUGACAAAUCAACAACCACCGAAUCAAUCUCCUGCCGCCCAGUCUCAGCCUCUUCCACCUCAUCCACCGCAUCCGCAACAGCAAUCCCAUGCUUCUCCGCUUCCUCAGCAGUCUCCUCAUGCUCAACAUACGCAAGGCCCAAAUAGUGGUCCUGGCUCUGGAGGUAACGGACCAAUGGGGCCAGGAGGUCCUCAACAGCAACAACAAAUGAAUCCUGCUGGCAUUGGUGGUCCAGGUGGCAAUAGUUUAGGAGGAAUGAACCCAGCUGGUAUGGGUCCGGGUGGUAUGGGAAUGCCACCGAAUUCAAUGAGCGGCAUGAAUCACCACCCACCACAUCAUCCCGGUAAUCAUCCCGGCAAUCAUCAGCACAAUCCUCACAUGCCACCUUCAUUGGGUGGCGCAGGAGGGGGCCCAAACAGUAUGCAUCAUCACAUGGGAAUGCCACCCCACGGAAAUAUGCCUCCUGGUCAUGCGGGCCACAGGCCACCAAUGGGACCAGGGGGACCAAUGGGUCCUGGAGGACCAGGCGGUAUGGGCAUGGGAGGACCAAUGGGUGGUCCAACGGGGCAUAUGGGAGGCAUGGGUGGUGGUAUGGGCGGCAGUCCUUUACAGUCUCCGCAUAUGAUGUGUGGCCCAAUGGGAAGCGGCCCUGGAGGGCCUGGUGGACCAAUGGGAGGUCCAAGUGGACCGAUGGCAGGAUUAGGGCCACCAGGCAAUGGUCCUCCACCAAAUCAUCAUCAUCACAUGGGAAUGUUUGGCCCCAAACCGAUGCCGGUUACGUCCGGUAAGCUGUACCCGCCGGAUCAAUCGAAAGUGUUCAACCCACAGAACCCGAACGCACCGCCAAUUUAUCCUUGCGGCGUUUGCCAUAAAGAGGUACAUGACAACGAUCAAGGAAUUUUGUGCGAAUCAGGUUGCAACUUUUGGUUUCACAGGGCGUGCAGUGGUUUGUCGGAAACAGCAUUCAGCUUAAUCCACGCGGAGGUGUACGCCGAAUGGUGCUGCGAUAAGUGUCUGCUAUCCAAGAACAUACCGUUGGUCAAAUUUAAACCAUAGUCGACCAUGGGUAACUUGGGUCAAAUGGCAAUGACGAUGAGGUGACAACGACAGCAAACCCGCAGUAGCAGCCAAACUUAAAAUUAAGGGCAGCUACCAAGGCAAAUCAUUGUUUCGUAUGAAUUAUUAUUAGUGUUGGUCAUUGAGAGUUGGUCUUAACCGGAUGCAUGUGUGUGUAAAUACGAAAAAAAAAUAAAGUGUAAAAAAAGUAUGAAUGCGAUUAAAAAUUGUGAACGAAUGUGA